UGUUAUACACGUGAUUGUGUUUCACGAGUGCUUAAACUUCUACAAGAGGAUCGGUUCGUAUUUUUUCUCAGGUCCAGGCCCUGAUUCAGUAAAGGUUCUCAUCAUGGCCGUCCUGGAGGCUUGGUACAUGGACGAGUCCACUGAAGACCAGAGACUCCCUCAUAAACUACAACCCAAUCAAGCAGUGAGUGUGCAGGAGCUGCAGGACAUCGGAGUCUGCUACUGGAAAUUAAAUGCUGACAUCUACGAAAACGACCCCGCGUUGCAAAAGAUCCGAGGUGAAAAAGGUUACUCUUACAUGGACAUCAUCGACGUUCAUCCGGAUAAACUGCCGAACUACGAGGAGAAAUUAAAAAUGUUCUACGAGGAACACCUGCACCUCGACGAUGAGAUCCGGUACAUCCUGGAUGGAAGGGCGUACUUUGACGUCAGGGACAAGAACGACCGCUGGAUUCGUAUCGCUAUGACGAAGGGAGAUAUGAUCACGCUUCCAGCAGGCAUCUAUCACCGAUUCACCAUGGACGAGACGAACUACACUAAAGCCAUGAGGCUGUUUGUAGGAGAGCCGGUUUGGAAGGCGUACAACCGCCCAGCUGAUCACUUCGAAAUUCGCAAACAGUAUGUGGAUUCGCUGAACGCUAUAAAUUGCUUUACCGGUCUAAUUGCACAAGGUUUGUGAAAAAGACAAUACAUGAGCAAUGUUUAAAGUGUGUACCAAGAAAAUUCCAAAAGAACGCAAUUCAUAUGCCUCGAUGAUCAGCCGCUGUCUGUAGCGCGUGUCCUUGGAUUCACAUUACACCAGCCCUCUAGUGGGGAAUAAAGACAUGACAGGUGGGGUGCAAUAAACAACAGGAUUUAUAUAUAUAUUCAUUUUUCUCUAUUAAAAAUAGUUAUACACUUAAGGCAACCACAAACAAUUCUGCCAUUAAUGCAAGUAAAUUAAAACAUCAGUUAGGGUACCUAACACAACUACACUUUAAUUUUUUCAAUUUUUAACUUGAUGCUAUUUGAUGUGAUUUAUCAAGUAAAUAUAAAUAAAUCAAUAGAUAGAUGAAUAGAAUGCAUCAAAUAGACUCUGCAAUCUGAUUUCAGUGAUCAGGACCAAAAAUCCUGAUUGGAGCACCCCUGGUAAUUUUUUAAUACAUGUAGAGGACAGGAUGUUUAUAUGAGGGGGCAUUCAGGUUGAACCAGGACUUUAAAUUUUAUAGGUAUAAAAAUGCUACCACACGCAGUAGUAAGUGACUAGUGUGUCCUGUUACUGAUUGUACGCCAGUCCAGAGGCCGUUAAUCAAGAUGGCAGACAACAGUGUUAGUGCACGCAUGGAACAGCGUGUGGAGUUUCACGUGAACAGAGGCGUAAAACCUGCAGACAUCAAGCACAGUACGGUGAUGAGACGCUCAGCCGCAGUGUGACAUUGAAUUGGUAUAAAUGUUUCAAAGAUGGCCGCCAGUGACGAUCCCAGUCGUGUUGGUUCAAUGAUGACGAAGUGAAGCAGGCCGUCCUAUAAAUGGUUCAACUCGCAAAUCUUUCUAUGCCAAAUCUUUCCGGGCAUUAGUUAAACACUGGAAUAAGUGUAUAAAUGUAGCAGGGGAGUUCGUCGUAAAAUGAAUGCAGUCUCCACUUAAUUUUAUAAACUCAAAAGUCCUGGUUUGGCUUGAAGGCCCUACAUUUUUUUUAUUAAAGUUGAUUUUAGCCCAAAGUUUAUCAAACUGUCAUAAUAACGGUUAGCCUUAGAAUUGUAUAUAAAUCUACCGCACACCUGCUCAUGUAGGUUUUAGAUCUUAAUACUGUAAAUAAAUUUCCAAAGCUUUCUCCAUGUA